AUCGCGGCGGCAGUCGUGCGCGAACCGCGCAGAAAAUUCCCCAAUCUCCAUUCCGCGCUCUAAACCCUAGACACCGACAGCCCGUGCGGCGCCCUGUUGCGGCGGGAGACGAAGCGAGGCCUCGCGACCCGCGUGCUCGAGGGAGGGGAAGCGAGGCGAGGCGGCGGGGUUCCGUUCCGGCGGGAGACGAAGCGACAGCCCGUGCUCUAAACCCUAGACACCGACAGCCCGUGCGGCGCCCUGUUGCGGCGGGAGACGAAGCGAGGCCUCGCGACCCGCGUGCUCGAGGGAGGGGAAGCGAGGCGAGGCGGCGGGGUUCCGUUCCGUCUUGGGUCUUUGGUGCAGGUUUUCGCGGUGGCGAGAGGUGUUCAGACAUUUGCAUACUACCGUAGCCACUGAAACUCACAAAAGGCAUCAUAUGUAUAUCGAUUUGUUUAUGGUUACUGAUCAAUAGCAACACAGGGCUCCAUGUUUGCUACAGGUGGUGCCACUUAUUUCCUUCUUUACCAAUUCUAAGCAGGAGGAUUUGGUACCUAGGCUUCCUCAAGAGACUAGAUUGCUUACUAUGGCUUCCGAGGAAACCAAACCAAAGAAGCAAAGAGAUGAGGAAUGCAUUAUAAACGGUCUCCCAGGAGAACUCAUUGAGCGGAUAUUUUUGAGGCUUCCAGUGAGCACUUUGUUGAGGUGCACUGGUGUUUGUGAGCAGUGGCACAAAAUCAUCCGAGAUCCCCAGUUUGUCACCUCUCACCUCCAGGAUGCGCCCCAAUGUGCCGUCCUAUUCUUUCCGCAAGAGUCGGUCUCAGGUGAGCCCCAUCCUGCUGAUGCUAUCCUGAUUGAUGAAGCCUGGUCGCCAUCGACAUAUGCAGUGCCAGUGAUUGGGCCUGACGAUUUCCUUUGCGGUUCAUGCAAUGGGCUUCUUGUCUUAUACACAAAGUCAUCAACACUCAAGGUAGCUAACUUUGCAACUGGUGAAUGCCUGCAUCUUGAGAAACCUGUAAAGAAUUUGAGGGGUGAUCAUUUCUUGUUCUACAACUUUGGAUUUCACCCAUUGACAAAAGAAUACAAGAUCACACACUUCCUUGGUGAUCCUGUUGUGGGCAGCACCCGCUCCCAUAAUAAUAGCAGAUUCAGCGUCAUUCAAGUUUACACACUUGGUGAUGAGAAAUGGAGAGAUAUCAAAACUCCAGAAGCCCUAAGCUUAAACUGUGUAAAAAACUCUGGAGCAGUCAAUAUUGACGGAACAGUGUGUUGGCUAAUUGAAGACAUGGUAGCUAACUGGCAGCAUGCAGUUAUGACCUUUGAUCUCAGUGAAGAAAGUUUUGCACGGAUACAACUGCCAGCAAUUGUACAUGAAGAUUGUGCAGGUGGCGGUCCCCGUCGGUACUGGAUCAGAGAGAUAGAUGGGAAGAUAUGUAUAGCAACUGCUCAAGCCUGUCCUUCUCUUCCCAGAAGGCUUGUUGGUACGCUGCAGAUCUGGGAACUUGAGAACAAAACGGAGCAAAGGUGGAGCCUGAAGUACAAUAUUCAGUACUCGCCAGAUUACAUUCCGGGUCCAAAUUUGGUUCAUAGGAAUAAGAUCAUACUGCAACGUCGCAACAGCAACCUAUAUUCCUAUGAGUUGCUCGGGGAGAACUUCAAUACUAAAUUGUGUAAGAUGGCAAAGCUGUUAGAUUUCUUUCCCCACAAGCCUGACAACAUGCAAUCCUAUAUCUCUGUGAAGUCACUUGUACGUUUAGAUGUAUACAAGAAGACUGCCAUUGUGCGUAGGCCAAAACAACGUGAAGGCUGGGAAUUGAAGAAGUGGGAGGCAUGGGAGCACCAGCUCUCUGAUUAUGAAAAACUGUGGACUUGCCUUCAUGAAGAAGAGCACGAGGGAAUUGCACUUGCAGAACGCAGUAGCAUAUCAUUCAAUGGUCUACUUCCGCGUAUCUUGGAUGAUGCGAUUCGACAGGAUAUAGGCAUGAAAAUCAAUCAAAUAUGUCCAAGCCUUCCAGAUCAGCAACCAAGGCCCCUCCGGCGGCUUAAUUGUGUGGCACAGAAGCAAGAUAGGGAAAAUUUAUCUGCUCGUUUGGAGAAUUAUAGUAGCAUUAUGAAGGCAUCGAGGGAGGCUUCAAAGAGUAUCAUGAGUAUGAUACUUAGUGCUGUAGAAAAUCAGAGGGGUGCUUCGGGCUCAAAUGCUGGUAUUUCUUCUCAGAAUCGCAGUGAGGGCGAUGAUGCGAAGGCUUAAUACUUCAGAAUUUAUCAUGAGGGCGAUGAUGUUCAACACUAGUUUCUUUUUGUCACCGAGGGACUGUUUCACCUCUUCUGCCUGUAAAAGUUUUCUUUCUGAAGUACUGUCUGUGUGCUGUGCUGCUAUGUAUUUUUUUUCGUUUGAAUUUCAGUCCUUGUGAUCUACUCCCUCCGUUCCAAAUUACUCGUCGUAGAAAUGGAUGUAUCUAGAACUAAAAUACAUCUAGAUACGUCCAUACCUGCGACAAGUAAUUCGGUACGGAGGGAGUAAUAACUUAUUGGUUGAUUCGAGACCUUGAAGAAUUUGCGGGACAGUGAGACAUUUGAUAUGAAGGUCAAACCGACUCUUGCCACUGGA